GCUUAAAAAGGAUAAGCUUUACGAGUAUUGUUUAUCGUAGGAGGGGAGCAGUGUGCCCGAACGGAGCAUCGACUCGACUACGGCACAGUGGAUUUUCUGAAGGCUGUGGCGCGGGCCGCAUGCCAACGCUACGUUCGACCUCGCACGACCCUAUUAAUACAAGACACAUCGUCUAUCGCUCAUAGUCCACUCUGUAAUCCCAAACAUGCAGUUCCUCCUGUUAUGUGUGUGCCUCUCGGUGGCCGUGGGUACGACCCUAUCGACCCCUAUACCGGCUGACGGUUUCGUGUUUCCAGAUGCUGUAAGAAAUCAGCGAAAAUUGGAACCGAUCACUCCACCUGUUCUCCCAGUGUUAGAACAUUUAGAGCGAGAUCCAAGUACGCUGCUUCCUGGAGAGGGUAACAGACGGAUGUCUGAAACUCCCAAGCCCCGGUUUGGAUUCGGAGGCGGGUUCAACGUGGCACCAACAGGGAACGGCGGUCUGUCAGCGAGUGUGAGCAGCAGCGCCAGUGGUGCCGGCCUAAGCCACUCCGCUUCUCAGUCGUUCUCGUUUGGAUUCAACGAGGGUUUCAGCGCAUCGCACUCAGCGAGUCAAGCCUCGUCCUUUAAUGGAUUUGGGAGCUUCAGCGGUAGUCAGGCGAGUAGCCAGGCGGCGUCAUUCAGCGGGGCCGGAGCCUCGUUGUCGGGUUCAGCCGCAGCUGCAGCUGCGCAGGCUGGAAGUUUCGGCAGCCAAAGCACGUCUUCAGCUUUCGGUUUUAACUCUAUCAACGAUGGAUUUCCUCGACCUCAAGCCUCGUUCGGCGAAGGUCUUCUCGACAUAAGGCACCGUGGGGUUCCGAACUUCCCCUUCCCCAACCUGCUGGCCAGAAACAAGGGCUCCGGUGCCGCAGCCUUCAGAACUCUGAACGGACCCAAGAGUAGGAACGGAGACGACUUCUUAGCCGUACUAGUUUCCAAUUAAAAUUACGAAACGAAAUUUGUUCGAGAUGUAGAUAGGAAUAAUGUUAAUUGGCCUAUUUUGAUAGACAUCAUUCAUAUUAUUGUUUUUGAUUUCGUUAGGCUCUUAGUACACACGGCAAAGCUUCGAAACUCGACAAAUACAGUCGCUAAUUGACUUACGCAAUACAAUAUCAUAGAGUUUCGUAUACACUAAGUUGCUUCGUGUACGAAGGGCCUUAUUCGUCGAACUGUCUAAAUGGGUCUUUUACAAUAUGAAAUGUAUAAGAGACGUGUAAGAAUUGAUUAGUGUAAUUUUGAUACGAGUUACCAAAAUAGUUUUAAAAUACAAACGAUGUCAGUCAGUAAUGGAUUUAAGCUCUCUAGAAUGAAUUUAUUUGUACCUAUAUGAUAAUUUAUUGUUGCAUAGAGUUUUUUAAAUAAUGUAAAUGUGAAUUCAUUCGUGCUUGAAGCAGUCCGUGUACGAAUGUCCCAACUUUGUUUAAAAUGGGAACAGAAACUAAACCUUGAAAAGGGGAAUUAAGAACAAUUUUAUGGAUAGUUCCAUAGA